AUCGAGAUGAGGAGGGAUGGAUUGGUAAAAGGAGUUACGUGGGGGAGAAAGGAGUGGAGAUAACAACAAUCGCUGGGGGCAUGAUUAGUAGAGGUAACAGGGCUCUGCAGAUGAUGGAAAAGAAGGUGGAGUACGGGAGUAGCUAAGGAAUGUUAGUAGCUAAGCUACUAACUACUCAUUUAACCAACUUCGCUUUCAACUCCUCCAAAUUUAUACGAAUCAAAAGCAUAGCCGUGGACAUGGCCAAGGGCUCCUGCCAUUCCCUGCCUCUUCCUUGGUUACAUUGAAUGUUCCCUGCUCCAAAUCCAUUCUGGCACCACUCUCCAACUCUUUCUCCACAACUACAUUGGUGCUGCCUUCUGCAGCCAUGCAGAACUCAUCAAUGUCAUUAACCUUGCCAGUAACUUCCAGCCUGCCCUCAAAUGCACUUGGACCAUUUCCAGAACCUCCCUCCCCCUUUCUUGAUCUCUUUGUCUCCAUCAAGGAGACGAAGCAUCCACGCAGAUUUACUAUAAACUCACUGACUCUCACAGCUAUCUAGACUACAUCCCUUCCUACUAGCUUCUUGUAAGGACACCAUCCCUUUCUCAAGCAAAGCAAAAAGUGCUUGAGGAAUUCAGUACGUCAGGCAGCUUCUGCGGAGGGAAUGAAUAUCCAAUGUUAGAGGUCGGGACCCUUCCUCAGGCUGAUUCACUUGGAUUAUAACAAUCUGAAGAACAGUGUUGAUUUGAAACGUCGUCCACCCAUUCACUCCAGAAAUGCUUCGGCCUUAAAUACAAGAGAAGUGCCGAAAGACUGGAGGGUGGCAAAAUGUUGUGCCUCUUUUCAUGAAGGGCUGUAGGGAAAAUGGCUGUGAACUUAAGCUGGUGAGCUAGUUGGAAAGUUACUAGAGAGUAUUCUGAGGGAUAGGUUAUACAGGCAUUUGGCUGGGCAAGGGCUGAUUAGGGGUGUACGUGGGAGGUCGUGUCUCAGAAAUCUGAUUGAUUUUUUUGAAGACGUGACUAAAAAGGUCAAUGAGGGCAGAGCUGUAGAUGUUGUGUACAUGGUCUUCAGUAAGGUGUUCGACAAGGUUCUGCAUGGUUGGCUGCUCUGGAAGGUUAAAUCGCAUGGGGUCCAAGGAGAGAUAACUGAAUGGAUAGCAAAUUGGCUCCAUGGAAGGAAGCGGAGGGUAAUGGUGGAAGGUUGCUUCUCAGAUUGGAGGCCUGUGACUAGUGGUGUGCCUCAAGGUUUGGUGCUGAGCCUGUUACUGUUUGUCAUCUACAUCAAUGAUUUGGAUGAGAACAUACAGGGCAAGAUUAGCAAGUUUGCUGAUGAUACAAAAGUUAGUGGCUUUGCAGGCAGUGAAGAUGGUUGUGAAUGACUGCAGGAGGAUCUGGAUCGAUUGGCCAGGUGGGCGGAGGAAUGGUUGAUGGAAUAUAACUGAGAAGUGUCAGGUUGCAUUUUGGAACGUCUAACAAGGGCAGGACCUACACAGUAAAUGGUAGGCCUUUGGGUGGUGUUGUAGAGCAGAAUGAUCUUGGAGUACAAAUGCAUGGUUUCUUGAAGGUCGAUUCGAUGGUAGAUAAGGUGGUCAAAACGGCUUUUGGCACAUUGGCCAUCAUUAGCCAUGAUGAGUAUAGAAGUUGUGAGGUCAUGUUGCAGUUGUGUAGGACAUUGACGAGAUCGCAUUUAGAAUAUUGUGCUCAGUUCUGGGCACCAUGUUAUAGGAAAGAUAUUGUCAAGCUUGAAAGGGUUCAGAAAAGAUUUCCGAGGAUGUUGCCAGGACUAGAGGGUGUGAGCUGUAGGGAGAGGUUGGGUAGGCUGGGUCUGUAUUCCAUGGAAUGCAGGAGGAUGAGGGGUGAUCUUAUAGAGGUGUACAAAAUCAUGAGAGGAAUAGAUCGGGUAGAUGCACAGAGUCUCUUGCCCAGAGGAGGGGAAUCGAGGAUUAGUGGACAUAGGUUCAAGGUGAGGGGGAAAAGAUUUAAUAGGAAUCUGAGGGGUAACUUUUUCACACAAAGGGUGGUGGGUGUAUAGAACAAGCUGCCAGAGGAGGUAGUUGAGACUGGGACUAACCCAUUGUUUAAGAAAUAGACAUGUACAUGGAUAGGACAGGUUUGGAGGGAUAUGGACCAAGCGCCGGCAAGUGGGACUAGUGUAGCCGGGACAUUGUUGGCCAGUGUGGGGAAGUUGGGUCGAAGAGCCUGUUUCCACAAUGUAUCACUCUAUGACUCUGCUGCCAGACCCACUGAGUUCUUCAAGUACAGAGCAGUGUUUUGAUCAUUGAUCCAGUAUCUGCAGUUACUUCCUGAGUAUCUGCAGUUACUUCACAAUUGUUCCUGAGAUGAGGCUUUCCAUUCCAGAAUGUUGGAGAUAUCCUCUUCCUUUAGGAAAUGGGCUUUAACCUCACUGUUAUUUAUGGUGCUCUCAAGCACAUCUCUGCACAUCUGCUCUCGCCCUGCCUCCUCUCCUGACUGAAUGGGGAUCCCAUUGUCCUCACCAUUCACCUCACCAGCCAUUGUACCCAGCACGUCAUUCUUCAACAUUACGGCAGCUACAACAUGAUCCCACCAACUGUCACAUUUUCACAUCCUCACCUCUUUCUGUUUUCUAUGGGGACCACUUUCUCCGUGACACUCUGGUUUGCUCAUCCCAACCCUCCUCAGGUGUUUUCCCCAUGCAAAUGUAGGGAUACCUGUCCCUAAUCCUCCACCCUCGCUACAAUCCAGGAACCCAAGCAACCCAUCCAGAUGAGACAGAGAUUCACGUGCACCUCCUCUAACCCUGUCUAUUGCGCUCUCGAUGCAGCCUCCUGUACAGUGUGAAAAAGAAGCACUGCUGAGGCAACCGUUUUGCUGAGCUUCAGUCCAUAAAAGCCAUCCUGAGCUGUUGUCAGCCAAUUCAAUUCCCUUCCACAUUGACCUGACUGUCCUAGACCUCCCCCACUACCAAGGUGCAAACAAAUACAAAGUAGAGGAACAGCACUUCAUAUUCUGCUUCCUUAAUCUACAAAAUGAUGGCAUGAACAUCAAACCCUCUAAUUUUAGGUAGCCUGCUCCCCUUCCAUCCGUUCUUCCAUUCAUACUCUUCUUUUCCACAAAACCCUGCCUCGUCUCACCAGCUUCUUACCCACCCACCCCAUCUGCCCAUCACUCCCACACUCCUCCCAUUAAGACCCUCCCCCAUCUGCCCAUCUCUUCUCUCUUAUUUGGUUACACACUCCGCCUUCCUUUCCCUUCAGAUUCAAUCAUCUGCAGCCCCUGGUUACUACCAUCAAUUAUGUCUCAGCCUCUGCUGCUCUCUCCACCCCUCUCUCCCCCACCUGACACGGUUCACCAAUCCACCCCUCCUCAACUGGAUCCACCUAUCAUGUGCUAGCUCUUGUUCUCCCCCCACUUCUUUAUACUGGCCUUCUUCCCUCCACUCUUUCAGUCCAGCAGAAGGAUCUCAAACCAAAACAUCAACUGUCCAUUUCCCUCCACAGAUGAUCCUUGACCUGCAGUAGAGUUGCUACCUUACAGCGCCAGAGACCAAGGUUUGAUCCUGACUACGGGUGCUGUCUGUACGGAGUUUGUACGUUCUCCCCAAGACCACGUGGAUUUUCUUCGGGUACUCCGGUUGCCUCCCAAACUCCAAGGACAUACAGAUUUUUCUCUACCAUUCAUUCUAACUGAGAGCUUGGAAAUGAUGCAGUAUGAUAUCCAGGACAAUUGCGAACAAGUCUGGGAAAGCAUGGAAUCUAACAAUGAGUUUGAGAAACAGAAAUCACUCAUGGAGUCAAAGAAAACAAUUGAGGAGUUAUCAUUCGUGCAACAAAAUAACAUGAAAAACAUCCUUUCGAAAGGAGUACACUAUCUGUCCGGUGAUAUGAGAGAAUUUGGCUACUGGAUCAAAGAGCAGAACAUUACCUUUCAAUUUAUCGACUGGGUCUUGCGUGGUUCCGCUCAGGUGAUGUUUGUCAACAACCCUCUGAGUGGGCUUGUUAUUUUAAUUGGACUGGUUGUGCAGAAUCCAUGGUGGGCACUGAAUGGCUUCCUGGGCACAGUGUUUGCCACUUUGGCAGCACUUUUGCUUAAUCAUGACAGGUCUAUGAUUGCAGCCGGGCUUUCUGGCUAUAAUGGCAUCUUGGUCGGUCUCUUAUUGGCUGUGUUUUGUGACAAAGGAGAUUGGUAUUGGUGGUUGUUGCUGGCUGUGAUCCUGAUGUCAAUGUUUUGCCCUAUUAUUUCAAGUGCCUUGGCUGCGGUCUUGGGGAAAUGGGAUCUACCGGUUUUCACGUUGCCUUUUAACUUAAGUGUUGGUUUGUUCAUGGCUGCUACGGGGCACUACAAUCAUCAUUUUCCUCAGAUUCGUAUUGAACCUGUAACUACAUCGUACAAUAUCACAUGGCCUGAUCUCAGUAUUCCAAUGCUCUUGAGGUCUAUCCCUGUGGGAGUUGGACAGGUGUAUGGCUGUGAUAAUCCAUGGACUGGUGGCAUUUUCUUUGCUGCAUUAUUUAUCUCAUCUCCAAUCAUAUGUCUGCAUGCUGUAAUUGGAUCCUGUGUGGGAACUUUGGCAGGGUUGUCUUUGGCCUCGCCAUUUCAGAAAAUCUAUAAUGGAUUAUGGAGUUAUAACUCUGUCCUUGCCUGCAUUGCUGUGGGUGGAAUGUUUUAUGCCUUAACAUGGCAGACUCACAUAUUGGCAAUAAUAUGCUCAAUUUUCUGUGCUUACUUAGGAGAAGCACUCAUGAAUAUAAUGUCUGUGUUUGGAUUACCUGCGUGCACAUGGCCCUUCUGCCUUUCAACAAUUAUGUUUCUCCUGAUGACUAGUAACCACAAAGCCAUCUAUAAAUUAGCAUUGCAUGAAGUAACAUACCCUGAGAAGAACAGAAAGAUCUACCUGGAAAUGAAGAAAAUUGAACAAAUUUUUCCAAUCGAGUUGUGUAGUGGCUCUCCCCUUUAUCCAACACCUCAAUCAAGAAGCAAUUAUCAAGUUGCUGAAGAAGAGCAGUUCGCUGGAUCAUACCACAAAAGAGUUCCACAUGUGACAAAUGUAGAUUUCAAGAUCCAUGAGGUAGAGGAAAUACUCAAAGAAGCCAAGAAUUAAAGUCCAUAAACUAAAUCAAAAGAUAGAAUAGAUAAAGUGAAGUAGAUAACAAUAUCUGAGUCACUUGUAGUUUGUUUGUGACAGCAAAACUUCCUAUGAAAAGUUUGUUCUGUUCAAAGAUGUAUGUAUAUUAAUUCUAAAUUAAAACAUUUAAUUCAUCAAUAGUGAUUAAAUUCUUGACAAACAAUGCCCACGCAUAAAACACAAAAUGCUGGAGUAACUCAGCGGGUCAGACAACACCUCUGGAGAAAAAGCAUAGGUGAUGUUUCAGGUCGGAACUCUCUUCAGAUUGAAAGUAAAGGUGGAAGGGAAGGGAAUAAACUGGGGGAGAGAA